GGUUCCUGGAGGGUGGAAAUCCAGCAUCGGGGCACCAGCAGGGUCAUGCGCCCUCUGGAGGGAGCCUCUAGGAAAGCAUCCUCCCUUGCCUCCGCCUGGCUGUCUUGUGCUACCUGCAAUUCUUUGUGUUCUCUGGCUCAUAGCUGCAUCACUCAGAUUUCUGCCUUCAUCUUCACAUGGCUGUCUUCCCUUUCUCUGUGUCUGUGUCCAGAUUUCCUUCUCCUUACGAGGACAGCAGUCCUUAGGUUAGGGCUCACCUCAAUUCAGACCUCAUCUUAAUGUGUUACAUCUGUAAAGCUCUUUCCAAAUAAGAUCACACUCACAGGUGCUGGGGGUUAGGACUUGAACCUAUCUCUCUGGGGCUAAUUCAACUAGCUACAGGGAGUUUGAGAGAAGAAAGCCCCUAUAGCUUCCCUCUGACGGGCGGAGAAGGGGGAGUGGUCAGACAGGCACACAUGGGAUUAUGUUUCUGAAAAGAGAACAACAACUUUGAAUCUAAAAAAAGAGACAGAUAGACUUAAUGCCUGGCUGCUUAAAGUGUGGUCAUGGCCCAGCAGCAUCGGUGCCCCCUGGGAGCCUGUUAGAAAUGCAGAAUCUCAGAUUCCACUCCACACCUGCGAAGGGACAAGUAUGGCCAGAAUGCCCAUGGCCAUGGGCACACCUCAGUGCUCCUGGGGCUGAGGCUGGGCUGGCCGCCAUGAGGCUGGGUGGGCCCUGGGCCUGGCUGCUGGGCCUGCCCACGGCUGUGGUCUAUGGCUCCCUGGCCCUCUUUGUCUCUGUCCUGCACAACGUGUUCCUGCUUUACUACGUGGACACCUUUGUCUCAGUGUACAAGGUCGACAAAGCUGCCUUCUGGGUUGGAGAGGCAGGAAAGCUGGCAUCAUCUCCGAGGGGUGGCGAGCAGGCUGGGGUGGGGAAAGUCCUGGAGAGGACGCCGCCUGGAGCCCACCUGCCCGUCUCCCCUCUGCCCACAGACGGUGUUUCUCCUCUGGAACAGUCUCAACGACCCCCUCUUCGGCUGGCUGAGUGACCGUCAGUUCCUUAGCUCCCAACCCCGGUCAGGUGCUGGGCUCUCCUCACGGACCGUGGUACUGGCACGGGUGCGGGCACUGGGCUGGCAUGGGCCGCUGCUGGCACUGUCGUUCCUGGCGUUCUGGGUGCCCUGGGCGCCUGCUGGGCUGCAGUUCUUGCUGUGCCUGUGCCUCUACGACAGCUUCCUGACGCUCGUAGACCUGCACCAUCAUGCCUUGCUGGCCGACCUGGCUCUCUCAGCCCACGACCGCACCCACCUCAACUUCUACUGCUCCCUCUUCAGCGCGGCCGGCUCCCUGUCUGUCUUUGCCUCCUACGCCUUCUGGAACAAAGAGGACUUCUCUUCGUUCCGCGCCUUCUGCCUGGCACUGGCCACUGGCUCUGGGCUGGGCUUUGUGGGGGCCGCACGGCUGCUGAGGCAGCGGGUUGAGGCGGCCGGCAGGGAGCCGGGGUGCCCAGCCAUGGCUGUGAAUGGCGGCCUAUGUGAAGAAGAGCUGCUUGUGGGCGGCGAGGAGGCGGGUAGCAUCACCUUGGGCCAGUACCUCCGGCAGCUGGCACGCCACCGGAACUUCCUGUGGUUCGUGGGCAUGGACCUGGUGCAGGUCUUUCACUGCCACUUCAACAGCAACUUCUUUCCCCUCUUCCUGGAGCAUCUGUUGUCAGACCACAUCUCCCUCUCCACGGGCUCCUUCCUGUUGGGCAUCUCCUACGUCGCUCCCCACCUCAACAACCUCUACUUCCUGCCCCUGUGCCGGCGCUGGGGUGUCUACGCCGUGGUGCGGGGGCUCUUCCUGCUCAAGCUGGGCCUGAGCCUGCUUAUGCUGUUGGCUGGCCCCGACCACCCCGGCCUGCUCUGCCUCUUCAUUGCCAGCAACCGUGUUUUCACUGAGGGCACCUGUAAGUUGUUGACCUUGGUGGUCACGGACCUGGUGGAUGAGGACUUGGUGCUGAAUCACCGCAAGCAGGCAGCCUCAGCACUUCUCUUUGGCAUGGUGGCCCUGGUGACCAAGCCAGGCCAGACCUUCGCUCCGCUGCUGGGCACCUGGCUGCUCUGCUUCUACACAGGUCAUGAUCUCUUCCAGCAGCCCCCCCCAGCCCCUGUGGGGAGUGCUCAGCCCUGGCCGGAGCCUCCGGCUCCACCCCCGGCACAGGCCCCGCCGCUCCGCCAGGGCUGCUUCUACCUGCUGGUGCUGGUGCCCAUCGCCUGUGCUCUGCUGCAGCUGUUCACUUGGUCCCAGUUCACGCUGCACGGGAGGCGCCUGCACAUGGUCAAAGCCCAGCGCCAGAGCCUGUCACGGGCCCAGACCCUGGACGUUAAGAUGGUGUGAGGGGAGUGCAAAGCCACCCUGCUGAGGACACUACCUGUAGCCCUGGGGGCGCCAGCCCUGUGUCCUGCUCUUCCACCUCCCUGGGGUCCUGCCUGGAGGACAGAUGGCAGAGUGGGAGCACUUGGGGCUGAGCCGGAGUGUCACUGGGGUCUCAGUUCCUGCAUGACUGUCUGGCCCAGCUUGGGCAAAGGCUGGGCAGUGUGUGUGCUCAGGGACCUGCUUCCUCCUCUCGAGCAGAAGGAAGAAGAGGACCGAGAAGGGUGGGGCCCGCACUGUGGUCACAUGGGGUUGCUAUGGGUAUGGAGGCCAUUCCUCCUACCUGGCCGGGGCUGGCGCCCUGUGGGCUCAGGAACCACUUUUGCCUGGUCAGGACUGGGGAGUCCUACCUGCCCCUUCCAGUGAUUUGUCUCAGAAUUCUCUGCUUCAGCUGCACCUGGAGUAGCAUGCCCCAGCUGCUGCAGGGCGCCCCUGAACCCCAAAUGACCUCUCAAUGAGGUUUAUCUCAUCACAGAUUGAUUAAAGCCAGUCAUUUCUAUUUCCA